AUGACUUCAGAAAAUACAACUCAAGAACAUACGCCCGACAAAGCCUCCUUAUCGUCCCUGUCGCUACAUUCUGAAGCCUUUGAAGCAAUCGAACUUGAAGACCAGGCGACUUUGAGUAAUUCGCACAAUGAGGAGGACCAGACGCAAAUUGAGCGUGCUCUAAGUCGUAAAUCCACAAAAUUAGAGGACAAAUUAGGUCAGGUACAUGAUAACAUCCUCCCAAUGAAGCAACUCAUCGUGUGCUUCUUAUCCUUAUCGUGCAGUUUGUUUGUAUCAUUUUGCGACCAAUCGAGUGUUGCAAUAGCGCUUCCUUUAAUUGCAAAAGACUUGAAUGCUGCCGAUAGCAUCAAUUGGGCAGGAACUGCUUCUCUUUUGGCCAACACAGUAUGUCAAGUCCUAUAUGGUCGUCUUUCUGACAUCUACGGCCGUAAAAACAUUCUCCUUGUUUCCAUCGUCAUCCUUCUCGUGGCAAAUUUGCUCUGUGGCUUCGCAAAGAGUGGACCCGAGUUCUACGUCUUUCGUGCAUUGGCUGGUAUUGGAGCAGGUGGAAUUCAAUCACUAACGAUGGUCAUCGCCAGUGAUUCGGUCACUUUGAGAGAGCGUGGAAAAUAUCAAGGUAUUCUUGGAACGAGUGUGGGAAUGGGCAACAUCGUGGGACCUUUGGUCAUGGCUGCUCUCACCGAAAAGUCAACCUGGCGAGAUUUUUACCGCAUUUUUCCUGGUAUUAUUGCAUUAACUUUUGUCAUAGUUUGCAUCUUCGUGAAAGGAAAUCAAAGCAAACAAUUGAAUUCAGUUCUCACCCCCAGACAGAAGCUAAUGAAAAUCGACUAUGGGGGAAUGUUCCUCUCUUGCGCGGGAUUGGUGCUCCUCUUGGUGCCUUUGAGUGGAGGUGGAAGUACAUUCAGAUGGGACAGCACCUUAGUUAUUGUGAUGUUCGUGGUCGGUGGACUUUGCAUCGUGGCCUUUGCAAUUUACGAGCUAAAGGUGCCUGAAUUGCCAAUGAUCCCUCUCACAGCCAUGAAGAGUGCGACGCUCACUAUCCUUUUGAUAUCAAACUUUCUCUUUGGAGCCGGCUACUUUGGAUUCUUCUAUGUUAUUCCGUACUACUUCCAAAUAGUUCGUGGAUACUCACCAAUGCGCUCAGCUGUCUUGCUUAUUCCUAUGCUUACUGUGCAGUCAUUUAUGUCAACUGUGGCAGGAACAUUAAUGUCAAUAACGGGACAUUACAUAUACAUCAUUGCCUUUGGAUACUCCAUAUGGUUGACUGGAUUGUGUGUGACGUUGAAGUGGGGAACCGAUAGUAGCAUCGGCUUGAUUACCGGAACGCUUAUCAUGAUUGGAACUGGCGCGGGGUUCAUUUUCCAGCCAAGUAUUGUUGCCAUUCAGGCAAACUGCAAAAAAUCACAGAGAGCGGUGAUUAUUGGUUUCCGAAAUGUCUUGAGGUCCUUCGGAGGUGCUUUCGGUAUCGCUGUGAGUUCUCUUGUCAUCUCCAACACACUCAACAACUCCAUUAACAAAGAAAUGAGUACCGGGUUUUUACCUCAGUCGUUUUUGCUAAACAUGAAGUCACAUGUGUUCUCUCACCCAGACUAUUCAGGAUUCAGCCCGCAACAAAUUCUUCAUGUCAAACAAAUGUACAUGCACUCUAUAAGGGACUCAUCCUAUUUCCUCAUUCCUCUUCUCGCUCUCUCGCUUCUCACUUGUGUCGUUAUUAGAGACAAUGGACUCCAUUGCAUCGACGAGCCCAAAGAAGAGAAGAAAGAAGGGCAAGUGUAA